GUCUGUCUGUCUGUCUGUCUGUCUGUCCCCACUCUCUCUCUCACAGGUGAAACAGAGACUGAUGUGGAUGAGGGACACGGACACGACUGGGACAUCUUUGACAUCAAUAAAGAGGCAGGAUUGGACCUGCUGGAGGGUGAUAUUGUAAUAGAUGAGACUGACAGCAGAAACACUAUCCUAGGGGAGCAGUAUCGCUGGCCUCAGACUGUACUCUACUAUCUGAAGGACAGCCUGGACAUACAUGCUAAGGGGGUGAUUCUGAAAGCCUUCGAACAGUACAGACUGAAGACCUGCAUCAACGUUGUGCCAUGGAAGGGAGAGGAGAACUAUAUAUCUGUGUUCAAAGGCACCGGGUGCUACUCCUCAGUAGGUAACAGGCAGGUGGGGAAGCAGAAGUUAUCUAUUGGUCGUAACUGUGACCGUCUGGCAACAGUUGAGCAUGAGUUUCUGCAUGCUCUGGGUUUCUGGCACGAGCAGUCCAGAGCUGACCGCGAUGACUAUGUCAACAUCAUGUGGGACCGCAUCUAAGGAAAAGACCAUAACUUCCUGAUCCACGGUGAGUCAGUGUCGAGUGCUCUGAAUGUGCCCUAUGACUACGGCUCUGUGAUGCACUACAGUAAAACAGCCUUCAACAUCGGGUCAGAGCCCUCCAUCAUUACUAAGAUACCGAGCUUCAUGGACGUGAUUGGUCAACGCAUGGAGUUCAGCGACAGUGACCUGCUGAAGCUCAACAGGCUCUACAACUGCACAACUUCCUCAACGUUCCUGGACUCAUGCAGCUUUGAGAAGGAGAAGAUCUGUGGGAUGACCCAGGGUCCUGUUGGGAAAGCUCAGUGGGAACACAGACACAGUGUGGCUGGGGGACCCAACACCGACUACACCAACAUGGGCCAGUGUGAUGGAAAAGGUUAUUUAAUGCACUUCAGUACGGUUAAGGGUAACCAGGCCCACCUGGAGUCUCUCUUCUACCCCAAGAGAGGUUCCCAGUGCUUGCAGUUCUACCUCCACAACAGCGGGGGUGCUGAUGAUCGACUGAACGUGUGGGUGCGGGAGUAUGACGACGCCAACCCCAAAGGAAAACUGAGGCUCAUCCAGAAAAUCGAUAUCACAGGUGGCAUGAGAGACUCCGGGGAGCUGUACUAUGUGACCCUGGAUGUGAAGAUGAAGUUCCGGAUUUAGUUUGAAGGUUUGAAGGGCACAGGGGCAUCCACCGGAGGGCUCUCAUUGGAUGACAUCAACCUAUCAGAGACAACCUGCCCGCAGCACAUCUGUGACUUCACCGGUCUCUUAGAAACCACACCGACAGGUGUGAACAUCUACAGCCCACGCUUCCUGUCCCCCAGUGGCUACUCCUUCAUGGUGAGCGUGUACAUCAACGGCCGCAGCAGCCCAGGUAGCAUGGCCAUCUACUUCCACCUAACCUCCGGCCCUAAAGACAACUCCCUCACCUGGCCCUGUCCAUGGCAUCAGGCCACGAUGGACCAGAACCCGGACAUCAGACAGAGAAUGUCCAACCACCGCAUGAUCACCACCGACCAACAAACGCUGCAAGGCAAUGAUUUCUACUGGGACAACCCCCGUAAGGUGGGCAGUCUGGUGAACGGUUCCGACAGCAGCCAGUUCUCCCGCGGGCCUGGUACUGGAACCAGCAGCUACCUCACCCACAGCAUGCUGAAGAGCAGGAACUUCAUCAAAGGAGACGACGCCAUCUUCCUCCUCGGUCUAGAGGAUGUGUCUGCACUGCUGGAGACCCAGCCCCUUCCUCGUUCUGCUGUUCAGUCUGAGAAGAGUGCCGUAGUAUCACCCAGCCGGGAGACCACCAACACGUCAAAAUUUGUGAUGGCUGUGUCCAUGAGCUUGGCGGCGGUCAUGUUCGUGGUUGCCAUGGUGAGCGGUGUACGCCAGGAGAUCUGA